AGCAAUCAUCACCAAGCAUAUAACAGUAACAGCAGCAUAUCUGAACUCGAAAAUGAAAAUUUCCAUCACUUUGUUCUUGGUGUUCGUGUUACUCACAUCAACCCAUGCAGAAACAAUGUCCACCCCAACUUCAAACCUAUUCCGAGAAUACAUAGGAGCGGAGUUCAACAACGUUAAAUUCUCCGAUGUUCCCAUCAACCCAAAUGUCCAGUUCCACUUCAUUCUCUCCUUCGCCAUUGACUAUGACACCUCAUCAACCUCUUCUCCAACCAACGGAAAAUUCAACGUCUUCUGGGACACCGACAACCUUAACCCUACCCAAGUCUCAGCGGUGAAGGCGAAAAACUCAAACGUCAAAGUAGCCCUGAGUCUCGGAGGAGACAGCGUCGGAGGAGGCUACGCUUACUUCAACCCCUCAUCGAUCGAUUCCUGGGUUUCCAACGCCGUUUCAACACUCACAACCAUAAUCAAAGAGUACAACUUGGACGGAAUCGACAUCGACUACGAGCACUUCAAAACGGACCCUGAAACGUUCUCGGAGUGUGUGGGGAGGCUGAUCAAGACGCUGAAAUCGAACGGGGUGAUAGAAUUUGCCUCCAUUGCUCCUUUUGACGAUGACCAAGUUCAAAGCCACUACUUGGCAUUGUGGAAGAGUUACGGGAACCUGAUAGACUACGUUAACUUUCAGUUUUAUGCGUACGACAAGGGCACCAGUGUGGCACAGUUCAUCGACUACUUCAACACGCAGAGUUCGAAUUACAAAGGUGGAAAGGUGUUGGUGAGUUUCAUCAGUGAUGGAAGUGGCGGCUUGGCCCCGAAUGAUGGCUUCUUUACAGCAUGUCACAAGCUAAAGACUCGGCAAAACCUUCAUGGUAUCUUUGUCUGGUCGGCUGAUGACUCCAUGGGAAAUGAUUUUCGUUAUGAGAAGCAAUCACAAGCCCUUUUGGCUUUACCCUAG